CCCCCCCGGAGGCUCCUCUGGCCAAGAUGAAGGACCGGCUGGAGCAGCUGAAGGCUAAGCAGUUAACAGAAGAUGAUGCCGAUGAUGAGGUGGAGAUCGCCAUUGACAAUACGGCCUUCAUGGAUGAAUUCUUCUCAGAGAUUGAGGAAACUCGGCUCAACAUCGACAAGAUUGCAGAGAACGUGGAAGGAGCUAAGAAACUUUACAGCAUCAUCCUGUCAGCACCAAUCCCAGAACCAAAAACAAAGGAUGACCUAGAACAGUUAACAACAGAGAUUAAGAAAAUGGCCAACAGCGUCCGGAACAAGCUAAAGAACAUGGAGAGGCACAUCGAGCAAGAUGAGGUGCGGUCUUCGGCAGAUCUUCGGAUACGGAAAUCCCAGCACUCUGUCCUCUCCCGGAAGUUUGUGGAAGUGAUGACCAAGUACAAUGAAGCCCAGGUGGACUUCCGAGAACGCAGUAAAGGGCGCAUCCAGAGGCAAUUGGAAAUCACUGGCAAGAAAACCACAGAUGAGGAAUUGGAAGAGAUGCUGGAGAGCGGGAACCCAGCCAUUUUCACUUCUGGGAUCAUUGACUCUCAGAUCUCUAAGCAAGCCCUCAGCGAGAUCGAAGGACGACACAAGGACAUUGUCCGGCUGGAAAGCAGCAUCAAGGAGCUACACGACAUGUUUGUGGAUAUCGCCAUGCUCGUGGAAAACCAGGGGGAGAUGAUAGAUAACAUAGAACUGAAUGUGAUGCAUACUGUGGACCAUGUGGAGAAGGCUCGGGAUGAGACCAAGAAGGCGGUAAAAUACCGUAGUCAGGCCCGGAAGAAAAUGGUAAUUAUCAUUCUCAUAGUUGUGGGGAUCCUGGGCAUUUUAGCUCUGAUCAUCGGGCUUUCCGUCGGGCUGAAAUAGCAGCAGCUGCCAUUGACUGCUGGCACUGAACUUAACUCCUCCUUGCCCCUCACCUCUUUGGCCUGCUGCUGAGUCCUGCUGAUUCUCACCGACCACCUGUGCACUGACUGGCGCCUCCUUCCCUGCUUCUCCCAGAACCUGAUUCUAUCCCAGCUGGAUCCCUGCACCUCUUCCUUUGGACUGGAUGGGAGUUGCCUCUCAAAAGUCUCCAGAGAGUGAGCAGGACACGUGCCUUUGUUCCCUAGUUAACCCCAUUGUGGGUCUGGUUUGCCAUUUGCCCAGCCCAGGAGGGUAUCCGGCCUGUCCUGAUCCAACCCCAAAUCUCUUUUUGAAAAGUGUCCCGCUAACCCAUUCUCCAGCCCUGAAAUGCCUCCUAGGCCUACUUGGCUAAUCACCAAGCCUACUUUUUCGGAAUUGCAACUUGGGAACUCCCUUCAGAUGCCUCCCGGGAUGCUGCUUUCUACCUCACGGAAUACUCUUUUCUCAGGAACUACAAUAAUUUUCUUUAUUGUCUAUUUCUUUCACAAAUGUUUAAGAAAACACAAAGUGGAAAUCAGUCUCCCUCUGCCAACUUUGACAAGGAGCGGGCUCAAACCUGGGUCUCUACCAUUGGCAGAGAGCUAACUCUCAUCUUUGUAAUGCUCCCUAGAGACUGGCAUUAGAAAAGGAACUGAGAUGACGGAGGAUAGUAAGAAUUGGGGUCUCUGAGAAGGCACAGUCUUUUUGAAACUCACCUUUUGGCUCUUUACCCUGUAAGGGAGCCAAGAGGCCAAUGUUGACUUUUAAUUCCUUGGUGGAUAUGUAUAUGUUCUUAAGUGUGGCUGUUUACUGAAGGAGGGACUGUGAUGACAUCAUCCUCCAAAGUCACCAUUUGCCAAGGCUGAGCCCAUCCUUGGCUGUGUUUGGAAGUAUAUAUCUUGGAAAUCAACUGUUGUCUGGUGGAGAAGGUCAUGCAGCUCUCUGUCUAGUGGCCAGGAAGAACUCAAAUAUAUGAAAACUGGCUUAUUGAGGAAGAGUGUGAGGCCUGAUCCUUAGUAAUAUCACAACAUAAAGGUGGGGUUCAGGGCUUCUUGUCACUUGUUUUCCCUCUGUCAUUCCAGAUGCUCAGAGGUAGUAUCAAUGAUUUUCAGAUUACUGUUCCAGAAGGAACUGGAGAGGAUGUAGGGGUGUGUGUGGUAAGAAUCUGGGUCUUUUGGAAGGUAUAUUCCUUUAAGACUCCUCAACAGUUGACCCUUAACCCUCUGGGGAGGGAAGUGGCCACUGUAGACUUUUAGUUCCUUAAAUAUAUGAGUGUGAGUGUGAGUGUGUGUGUGUGUGUGUGUGUGUGUUUGUGUUUCGGUGUGAGUCGAUCAGUCUAGAACCUGGGGAACAGAGGUUCUAGGUAUAAUUAGCUCUAGAAUUAGCUUGAGUAACUUCUUCAUGGGAGUAGAUGAGGAAACAACCAGCUGUUUGUGCAGCUUUGAGAGAAACCCUGGUCAAAACAUACUCUUCCUGAGGACCAUUACAUAGAUGAAAACUCUAGGGUGAAUCCCUAGUUUUGGAUGUCAUGAUCUCAAGAUCAUUUCUAGUCCAAUGGCUCACUUGCCCAGUGGGCACUUGUUCUUUUUUCUCCCUUGUGCACAGGUCCAGGUUGUGCUAAGGAUCACUAGAAAUGAAGGGCCACUCAGGGUGACUGAGGAGAGCCAGUCUCCCAGGGCUGUGUUGACAGAGCCACUCAGUUAGGAGUAGAGCUUUGACCAAAUGGCAUUUGCUGUUAAAACGCCUUCCUCUUACCAAAGAGGGUUUGGUCUCUCCCUCAUCAUGCCAAGGGGGGACUAAUGGUAUUGAACAUCUUCUUUAGACCAUUCAGAAGUAGGCACUAGUGUGCAGAAGUUCUCAUGGAGCUGAUAGUAGAUUUAUGCCAACAUAAGCUGGUCGAUUUCUCACCUGGUACAUGAGGUUUGUCCCCAAAUUCCUUGCUCCUUUUUACUCCAGGUACACACCACCCUUUGUUGACUUAAGCCUCUACCUUAAUGGCUUCAAGGAUGGAUCAGGAUCUCUAAUCCAGGUCAGUGUCCAAUAGUGCCUUUUGCCGGGUCUGUUCUAAACACUCUUCAAUAUGUAGACAGAGCCAUGGAGGCUGUAGCUCUAUUCUCACCCGAGGCUGUGAUGUCUGGCAUUGAACAGUGGACUGGCUCUGGAGCUCUGGAGCCAAGAAGGAACAAAACACGGCUUUGGUCUCAUGUGUGAGACUGGGAAUUGUAUUGUGUGUCCAAAAGCAAAGGGUUUUUGGUCUGUUUUUUUU